AUGACCUCGCCGAGAAAGCACCUGGUCAAGGAUUUCAACCACUUUAUCACAUGCUACGUGUGUAAAGGGUACCUGAUCAAGCCCACCACGGUGACAGAGUGCCUGCACACCUGUAAGACCACCCCCCUUCUCUCUCUCCUCUCUCUCUCUCUCUCUCUCUCUCUCUCUCUCUCUCUCUCUCUCUCUCUCUCUCUCUCUCUCUCUCAGGUGCCUCAUUCAGCAUGACAUCAUUUAAUGUAGGCUAUACCAGAAAAACACAAUUUCACUAUUGCAUAGGUUACAGUAUAUCCAGACAUAUUUGUAUAUUCUAUUAGACAUGCAUUAUACCUAGCAUCCCCUACUAGAAAUUCUAGUUAUCUUUGGUGUAGGAUGGACAUUUAAAAAAAUGUCAAGUGGCAUUUAUGGCACCACUAAAAGGUGGCUGGGAUUUUGAGCUCACAGAAUCAGUUGUUAUUUGUUGUUUUAUACCAUGGCCUUGCACAGUUACAGAGCUAUGAAUUUCAAGAGAGCGCUCUGUCCAUCUCCUCGGUGUCAUAUCCUGCAUGAUUAACAUAUCAUAUUACAUGGUAUCCAUCUCCAUUUCUGCCCUCUCCAUCUGAACUGAACGUUUUAUUGGAGGAGAACGGCAGAUUCAAAAGCUCACUUCCAGGAAUGACACAUCUCAAGUGAUCAGUGGGUUCAGUCACCAUGACAACAAAUAUCCUCCACACAGGAUGAGCUGCUUGGGUCCAAUUUGUUAGUUUGUUUGAGGGCAAAGUCGCUUCUUUACUGUCAUAGAAGUCGGAUUGACCCCUAGCCAUAAUGAAAAAUAUCAGCAGCUGCCUAGUACAGUAUGGUUUGUCUGUUUUAUGAUUGCUUUCCCAGUGUAUGUCAGUAUAUUUAGGAGAUCCCCAGCAAAACAUAUCUUUGACAUUAGUCUACACUAUUUUGUUGUAACCUAUACUGUAGUACAGUAGUCAGAAUGCGAUUAAACAGCUGUAUAUUAUUUUAUUUUAUUUGGGACAAGUACAACCACUUUGACACAUUUAACAAACAAUCGUCCGAUGCAUUGCACUAUAGUGUUUCUAGCUCACGCUAAUUUUCAACACCCGUCCCUAAAUUGACUUCAAUGGAAACAAAAGGAAAUAAAUACAUAAUCAAUAAAAAUCAUAGAAUAUACAGUGGGGAGAACAAGUAUUUGAUACACUGCCGAUUUUGCAGGUUUUCCUACUUACAAAGCAUGUAGAGGUCUGUCAUUUUUAUCAUAGGUACACUUCAACUGUGAGAGACGGAAUCUAAAACAAAAAUCCAGAAAAUCACAUUGUAUGAUUUUUAAGUAAUUAAUUUGCAUUUUAUUGCAUGACAUAAGUAUUUGAUACAUCAGAAAAGCAGAACUUAAUAUUUGGUACAGAAACCUUUGUUUGCAAUUACAGAGAUCAUACGUUUCCUGUAGGUCUUGACCAGGUUUGCACACACUGCAGCAGGGAUUUUGGCCCACUCCUCCAUACAGACCUUCUCCAGAUCCUUCAGGUUUCGGGGCUGUCGCUGUGCAAUACGGACUUUCAGCUCCCUCCAAAGAUUUUCUAUUGGGUUCAGGUCUAGAGACUGGCUAGGCCACUCCAGGACCUUGAGAUGCUUCUUACGGAGCCACUCCUUAGUUGCCCUGGCUUUGUGUUUCGGGUCAUUGUCAUGCUGGAAGACCCAGCCACGACCCAUCUUCAAUGCUCUAACUGAGGGAAGGAGGUUGUUGGCCAAGAUCUCGCGAUACAUGGCCCCAUCCAUCCUCCCCUCAAUACGGUGCAGUCGUCCUGUCCCCUUUAAAGAAAAGCAUCCCCAAAGAAUGAUGUUUCCACCUCCAUGCUUCAUGGUUGGGAUGGUGUUCUUGGGGUUGUACUCAUCCUUCUUCUUCCUCCAAACACGGCGAGUGGAGUUUAGACCAAAAAGCUCAAUUUUUGUCUCAUCAGACCACAUGACCUUCUCCCAUUCCUCCUCUGGAUCAUCCAGAUGGCCAUUGGCAAACUUCAGACGGGCCUGGACAUGCGCUGGCUUGAGCAGGGGGACCUUGCGUGCGCUGCAGGAUUUUAAUCCAUGACAGCGUAGUGUGUUACUAAUGGUUUUCUUUGAGACUGUGGUCCCAGCUCUCUUCAGGUCAUUGACCAGGUCCUGCCGUGUAGUUCUGGGCUGAUCCCUCACCUUCCUCAUGAUCAUUGAUGCCCCACGAGGUGAGAUCUUGCAUGGAGCCCCAGACCGAGGGUGAUUGACCGUCAUCUUGAACUUCUUCCAUUUUCUAAUAAUUGCGCCAACAGUUGUUGCCUUCUCACCAAGCUGCUUGCCUAUUGUCCUGUAGCCCAUCCCAGCCUUGUGCAGGUCUACAAUUUUAUCCCUGAUGUCCUUACACAGCUCUCUGGUCUUGGCCAUUGUGGAGAGGUUGGAGUCUGUUUGAUUGAGUGUGUGGACAGGUGUCUUUUAUAUAGGUAACGAGUUCAAACAGGUGCAGUUAAUACAGGUAAUGAGUGGAGAACAGGAGGGCUUCUUAAAGAAAAACUAACAGGUCUGUGAGAGCUGGAAUUCUUACUGGUUGGUAGGUGAUCAAAUACUUAUGUCAUGCAAUAAAAUGCAAAUUAAUUACUUAAAAAUCAUACAAUGUGAUUUUCUGGAUUUUUGUUUUAGAUUCCGUCUCUCACAGUUGAAGUGUACCUAUGAUAAAAAUUACAGACCUCUACAUGCUUUGUAAGUAGGAAAACCUGCAAAAUCGGCAGUGUAUCAAAUACUUGUUCUCCCCACUGUACACUACUGGUCAAACGUUUUAGAACACCUACUCAUUCGAGGGUUUAUCUUUAUUUGUACUAUUUUCUACAUUGUAGAAGACAUCAAAACUAUGAAAGAACACAUAUGGAAUCAUGUAGUAACCAAAAAAGUGUUAAACAAAACAAAAUGUAUUUUAUAUUUGAGAUUCUUCAAAUAGCCACCCUUUGCCUUGAUGACAGCUUUGCACACUCUUGACAUUCUCUCAACCAGCUUCAUGAGGUAGUCACCUGGAAUUUCAAUUAACAGGUGUGCCUUCUUAAAAGUUAAUUUGUGGAAUUAUUUUCCUUCUUAAUGCAUUUGAGCCAAUCAGUUGUGUUUUGAUAAGGUAGGGGGGUAUAUACAGAAGAUAGCCCUAUUUGAUAAAAGGCCAAGUCCAUAUUAUGGCAAGAACAGCUCAAAUAAGCAAAGAGAAAUGACAGUCCAUCAUUACUUUAAGACAUGAAGGUCAGUCAAUACGGAACAUUUCAAGAACUUUGAAAGUUUCUUCAAGUGCAGUCGCAAAAACCAUCAAGCGCUAUGAUGAUACUGGCUCUCAUGAGGACCGCCACAGGAAUGGAAGACCCAGAGUUACCUCUGCUUCAGAGGAUAAGUUCAUUAGAGUUACCAGCCUCAGAAAUUGCAGCCCAAAUAAAUGCUUCACAGAGUUCAAGUAACAGACACAUCUCAACAUCAACUGUUCAGAGGAGACUGUGUGAAUCAGGCCUUCAUGGUCGAAUUGCUGCAAAGAAACCACUGCUAAAGGACACCAAUAAUAAGAAGAGACCUGCUUGGGCCAAGAAACACGAGCAAUGGACAUUAGACCGGUGGAAAUGUGUCCUUUGGUCUGGAGUCCAAAUUGGAGAUUUUUGGUUCCAACCGCCGUGUCUUUGUGAGAUGCGGUGUGGGUGAACGGAUGAUCUCUGCAUGUGUAUUUCUCACUGUAUAGCAUGGAGGAGGAGGUGUUAUGGUGUGGCGGUGCUUUGCUGGUGACACUGUCUGUGAUUUACUUAGAAUUCCAGGCACACUUAACCAGCAUGGCUACCACAGCAUUCUGCAGUGAUACGCCAUCCCAUCUGGUUUGGGCUUAGUGGGACUAUCAUUUGUUUUUCAACAGUACAAUGUCCCAACACACCUCUAGGCUGUGUAAGGGCUAUUUUACCAAGAAGGAGAGUGAUGGAGUGCUGCAUCUGUCACGUUCGUUGUGUAAAGGAUUUGACCAAGGUGCAGCGUGGUAUGCGUACAUAGUCGUUUAUUAUAUAAACACAGACAAAAUAACAAAAUCCAACAGAACGUGAAGUUCAAAAGGCUAACCAUCCAACAAGCCAAACAGAAACAAGAUCCCACAACAUAGGUAGGCAAAAUGGCUACCUAAGUAUGAUCCCCAAUCAGAGACAACGAUCGACAGCUGCCUCUGAUUGGGAACCCCACUCGGCCAACAUAGAAAUAGAUAACAUAGAUCUACACAUAGAUAUUCACACCCUGACCAAAUCAACUAAAGAUCUAUGUCAGGGUGUGACAGUACCCCCCCCCCAAAGGUGCGGACUCCGACCGCAAAACUGACUCAUUAGGGGAGGGUCCGGGUGGGCAUUUAGCCUCGGUGGCGGCUCCGGCUCCGGGCGCGACGUCAACCUUACUGUCCUCUCCUUUUCUGGCUCCCCGUUGCACACCUGGUCCGGUCUGGACCCCGGCGCGAUGCUUCCCCUCUCAGUCCUCCCACGAUGCACCAAGCCCUGUCUGGACCCUGGUGUGGGAGGCACUGACCCUGGAGAGGGGCUGACGUCUGGGCCUGGACCGGCAAUCCUCCCGUGAUGCACCAAGCCCUGUCUGGACCCUGGUGUGGGAGGCCCCAACCCUAAAGAGGGGUUGACGUCUGGUUCUGGCUCUGCAGUCCUCCCGCGAUGCACCAAGUCCUGUCUGGACCCUGGUGUGGGAGAGUAGACAACCGGACCCGGACUAGGCACCGGUGGAGCGGACUGCUCUGGCACUGGAGUGGAGCCGCUGACCGGAGCUGAACUGGACCCCGGUGGAGCGGACUGCUCUGGACUAGAGCAGCUGACCGGGGCUGGACUAGGCACCGGUGGAGUGGACUGCUCUGGCAUGGGACUGGAGCAGCUAACCGGAGCUGGACUGGGCACCGGUGGAGCGGCCUGCUUUGGCAUUGGACUGGAGCAGCUAACCGGAGCUGGACUGGGCACCGGUGGAGCGGACUGCUCUGGCAUUGGACUGGAGCAGCUAACCGGAGCUGGACUAGGCACCGGUGGAGCGGACUGCUCUGGCACUGGAGUGGACCGUACCGGGCUGGGUACACGCACCACUGGUUUGGUGCAAGGAGCAGGUACGGGCCGUACCGGGCUGGCGACAAGCACCACUGGUUUGGUGCGAGGAGCAAGUACGGGCCGUACAAGACUGGAGACACGCACCACUGGUUUGGUGCGGGGAGCAGGUACGGGCCGUACAAGACUGGAGACACGCACCACUGGUUUGGUGCGGGGAGCAGGUACGGGGCGUACCGGGCUGGCGACACGCACCACUGGUUUGGUGCGAGGAGCAGGUACGAGCUGUACAGGACUGGACACACGCACCACUGGUUUGGUGCGGGGAGCAGGUACGGGACGUACAGGACUGGAGACACGCACCACUGGUUUGGUGCGGGGUGCAGGUACGGGGCGUACCGGGCUGGCGACACGCACCACUGGUUUGGUGCGAGGAGCAUGCACGGGACCGUACCAGGCUGGGGACACGCACCACUGGUUUGGUGCGAGGAGCAGGAACAACCCGUCCUGGCUGAACGCUCAUUUUAGCCCGGCAAGAGCAGGGCGCGGGCACCAAGCGCACCGGGCUGUGAAUGCGCACAGGAGAUACAGUGCGUAUCACAGCAUAACAGGGUGCCUGUAUGGUCCCACGCUCCUUAACAUGAGUGCGGAGAGUUGGCUCUACUCUGAAACCUUGCUUCGCCAGCCUCUGCUCUAAGGACUGCGUUCUCUUUUUCUCUAGGGUUAAUUCCUCUCUCAGUUCCUCCUGUUGCCUAGCCAGCUCCUCUCUCCGUGCAUCCACUGACUCCUUCUCCCUGUGAGCCUCCUGUAGCGCCUCCCUCUGAAGGGAGAGCUCCUGCUCCGUCUGAGCUAACAGCCCCCGCAAUGUGGUGGUCUCCUCUCUCAGACUGCUGAGCUGCAGGUCUUGGAGGGCCUCUACUAUAGCGGCCUCCUCCUCCUCCACAGUCAGCCUUUUCACGGCCUCCUGCUGCUUCGUCUUGGGGUUGCCUCUCGGGCCUCCUUCAUCGUUGUGCACUUCGGCGUCGCUGUUGAUCCUCUCCUGCCUGGGCUUCCUCCUUCGCCCAGGGUCCUUUACCGGCUAAUAUCUCCUCCCAUGUCCAAAAUGUCUUCCCCACCUGUGUCCAGGGUGUCGUCUCCUCCUGGCCACGCUGCUUGGUGGUGGGAUCUUCUGUCACGUUCGUUGUGUAAAGGAUUGGACCAAGGUGCAACGUGGUAUGCGUACAUAGUCGUUUAUUAUACAAACACAGACAAAAUAACAAAAUCCAACAGAACGUGAAGUUCAAAAGGCUAACCAUCCAACAAGCCAAACAGAAACAAGAUCCCACAACAUAGGUAGGCAAAAUGGCUACCUAAGUAUGAUCCCCAAUCAGAGACAACGAUCGACAGCUGCCUCUGAUUGGGAACCACACCCGGCCAACAUAGAAAUAGAUAACAUAGAUCUACACAUAGAUAUUCACACCCUGACCAAACCAACUAGAGAUCUAUGUCAGGGCGUGACAGCAUCAGAUGACCUGACCUCCACAAUCCCCCGACCUCAACCAAAUUGAGAUGGUUUGGGAUGAGUCGGAGCGCAGAGUGCAGGAAAAGCAGCCAAAAAGGGCUCAGCAUAUGUGGGAACUCCUUCAAGAUUGUUGGAAAUGCAUUCCAGGUGAAGCUGGUUGAGAGAACGCCAAGAGUGUGCAAAGCGGUCAUCAAGGCGAAGGGUGGCUAUUUGAAGAAUCUCAAAUAUAACAUAUUUUGAUUUGUUUAACACUUUUUUUGUUACUACAUGAUUCCAUAUGUGUUAUUUAAUAGUUUUGAUGUCUUCACUAUUAUUCUACAAUGUAGAAAAUAGUACAAAUAAAGAAAAACCCUGGAAUGAGUAGGUGUUCUAAAACUCUUGACUGAUAGUGUAUAAUCAAAUAUAUUAAUGGCAUAUGUAAAGUAAAUGUCUGAAGAUAAUGUUUCUGCCACUCUACUGUGAGCGGUCUGUCUCUUAUGUCUCAUGCUAAGUAGGCGGUGCUGGCUAUUGAAAGAACGUGAUGAUGAGGGUCCGUCACAUAACGAAAAAGACAUUACAGAUAAAAUACUUUUUUUCAAGACAAUAUACAUACAUUUAAUAACAUUAACAUGUAGUGUGUGUGUCUGUGCAUCUAUCAGUUACACAUACAUGUCAGUAUAUACACACAACUAGUAUAUCACAUGGGGGAGAGGCAUUGUGCUGUGAGGUGUUGGUUUACCUUUUCAUUUAUUUAUUUUUGUGUUUUUUUACACUCUUUUUCUCCCCAAUUUCGUGAUAUGCAAUUGGUAGUUACAGUCUUGUCCCAUCGCUGCAGCUCCCGUACGGACUCGGGAGAGGCAAAUGUCGAGAGACACGCGUCCUCCGAAACACGACCCCGCCAAGCCGCACUGCUUCUUGACACACCGCUCGCUUAACCCGGAAGCCAGCCGCACCAAUGUGUCGGAGGAAACGCCGUACAGCUGGUGACCGUAGUCAGCGUGCAGGCACCCGGCCCACUUGGGAGGCCCUGCUUUAUCUGUUUUUUGACAUGGAAGGGAGUUCCAUGCAAUCAUGGCUCUGUAUAAUACUGUACGUUGAUCUAGGUUAUAGGCCAGUGCAUAGUGCAUAAGCAUAUACUGUUUACAUGGAAAUUGCUAGAGGGCAGACUGUGACCUAUAUUUCUGCUCCUUGUGACAGAUGUGAUUUUUUCUGACAGUUUGGUGACGUCACAUCAUAGGAUAUAGGCCUAAUCCUCAGCUCAAUAUUGCAUGGAAUCAGAUUGGUGUUCUUUAAAGAAAGAUAAAGCUAUAUAUUAUACUGUAUGCAAUGGUAUAUGUGUGUGUGUGCGCGUGUGCGUGUGGUAUUGACUGCUGUUGCUGUGUGUCUGUGUGUUCUGUCUGGCUACAGUGUGAUAGAUGCACUUAGAACUGGCCAGGUUAUACCCAAUAUUUCCUUAUCUCCGUACCAGUCCACAGUUUCAAUUUCAACUUCAGGACUGAGCUUUUAGUCAUGCUUCAAGGCUCAACAGAUACUUUGAUGUUCAUCAAGUUCAAACUUGAGAAAUUAGAAAUUAGAAUGCUUUUCCUUUUGGUUUUCAACUCAAAAUCCUUUUAUUGUGAAGAUUAUCUGAGAGAAAGGGAUACGAAAAGAGAAACUGCAGUCAUCUUGGCAUUUAUUUGCCACCUGAAUAAUAAUAUAAUAAUAAUAAUAAUAAUAAUAAUAAUAAUAUGCCAUUUAGCAGACGCUUUUAUCCAAAGCGACUUACAGUCAUGUGUGCAUACAUUUUCACAUAUGGGUGGUCCCGGGGAUCGAACCCACUACCCUGGCGUUACAAGUGCCAUGCUCUACCAAUUGAGCUACAGAGGACCAAUGGUGUGAUAAAAAUCCAUAUUUACUUUAGGUCUGUAUUUGGAGAAAAUAAACAAUUUUUCUCUCUGUCUCCUUUAUUCUGUUAACAGUUUGUAAAAGUUGCGUCGUCCAACACUUUGAAGACAGCAAUGACUGCCCCAAAUGCGGCAUCCAAGUCCAUGAAACCAACCCUCUAGAGAUGUUAAGGUAAUGCACCUCAUUUUACAUCUGACAGAAUCUCAUCUGCAUUCAUAUUUUCCCUAUUGUGAAUCACAGGAACAUAAUGAAUACUACUGAAUAGAUUACCAUCAGUAAUGUAAAAACAUGCUGGCCUUUGCACUACUGAACUGGCCCUAGCUGGAUUUUGGCAGAUCUGAGUUUGCACCCUUCAGUUGUCCACCCGACUAGUGAGAUGUUAAGGCUGGUGUGGGCUGGGCUGGGGGAGGAUGGGGGGAACUUGAGCUUGGCUGUGGUGAGAUCCAAGCAACAGCUGGACGCCAUUCUGGAGCCAAGGUUCCAGCUGAAGACCUCACCCAGUGCCCAGCCCACAGAUGCAAUGUCUGGGAAUAAGUGUGUGUGUGUGUGUGUUUGUGUACUUACUUUUAUUCUUCCUUUACGUCUCAUUCUAUCGCCAGGUUGGACAACACUUUAGAGGAAAUCAUUUUCAAACUCGUGCCUGGGCUAAGAGAAAGUGAGUGAUUUUAGUAUCCACCAACAUCAGAUAUAAAUCUUGCCUUUGCUAGUAGGCCAAGCUGUUUUCUAUUUGUCCUGAAUUAUAUAACCCCUGCCCUGUUUAUUCAUAUCUUCUCUUUUUGUUUAUUGACUAGAGGAACAACAGCAGGAGAUCGAGUUCUGGAGGAGUCGGAAGUUAAAGGAGAAUGGAGAAGGUAAAAUCUGUGUUAGUGUGUCUGUGAAGACCAAGACCGUUCUCAGGAGGGACCAGAAUCAACCCACUCGGGGAGGCUUGGGUGGGCAGAGGUGGGCUGUGAUUGGUUAUUGAGGUGAUAGGUAAGGAGGCUCUAUGUGGGAGAGGUCAGUGAGGAGAUGUGACUCAGGUUCCAUUGUUGCAGUGACUGUAGGUGGCUGUGUGUGUGUGUGUGUGAGUGUGAGUGUGAGUGAGUGUAGAGUGUGAGUGAGAGAGAGAGAGAGAGAGAGAUAGAGGAGAGAUAGAGAGGAGAGAGGAGAAGAGAGAGAGAGCGAGCGCGAGCGAGACGAGAGGCGGGCGCUCGCGGAGCGGAGUCUCGCUCAUGGAGGAUGGAGAUGAGCUGGCGGGAGAGCUAGGAGAGAGAAUAUUCCAUCACACCCUACAAGGCACUGACGAGAUCCCCCUGUUUAUGAGGUACAAAUGAGAUGGAAACAACAGAAUGACUAAAAAGAUGGAUGGAUUCGGUCCGCCAGACUCAAAUGCCAUCCCCAUGGCAAUGUGAUGAUCGACAAUUUCUCCCAAAGGUCUUUUAUGAUAUUGCAUUUCUAGGUGAAAAGCGAAAGACAUCGGUAUCAAUCAAAACUGUCCUAUUGUGAAGUGUGUCUUUUCACAGUUUUAUAUGAAUUCAAGGAAAACAAACGCAACUUGUAUCCACACAGUGUGUGCUCUUGCUCACACAUAACAUACUUAUCAAUUUAUUUGUCAUAGAAGAUGGCCCCCGAUCGAAGAGAUCCAGGCUGGAUGACGACGAUGAUGAUGAUGGUGGCGAUGGAGACUACCACAGGAGUGACCCUCAGAUAGCCAUCUGUCUGGACUGUCUACUCAACAAAAGCCUGGUGGGAGAGAACAUUGUUAAGGUAAGUCAUGGUGGAGAGCUCUCUCUCUUCCCUGUCUCCCUAACAUUAUUCCUCCCACUUUUUUUAGGCUGAUUGGGUUAGGUACAGUAUUAUCAAGCUUUCUCCAUUAUGUCCCUCUGUCUAACAUCUCAGAAUGUGAGUUGAACAGAAUAUAGACAGACAAUGGUGCUGUGCCCUUACAACAACAAAAAGCACAUGUCAAAUUUGCAGUUUCACAUUGAGCUUAAAUUUCCCACGUGAAACCAUAUUUAUUGUAUUCAAUUUAGAGUUGACAUGAUAACACCACCUUUGCCAGUGAAAAACUCACUUUCACAUGUGGAAGUGUAGAUUCACAUGUGGGGUUGAAAUAAUGUUAUUCUCCUCAUGUGAAAAGAUGGUGUUUCCACCGGAUACGUUCCCAGAAGACAAACUCAAAAUGUCGCUCACAACAAAGGGAACUAACAAAGACAAUCAACCAAACAAAACAGAAACAGGUGGGUUUUAGUAGGGGUUCUCAAAGACACUCAUGGAGGUUGUCCACUGAAAGUUGACUAUCAACAAGAGUCUGGGUCCUAAAAGAAUGCCCACUAAAUUUGCCCCAGAAAAGGCAAACCAAAAUAAAAACCCACACCAAUUUAGAAUAUGGAGAUAAAAGCAAGUGGAGCAAACCUAAGGGGGAGAACACAAGAUAAAAGUAUUUGUUUUUAUCACACUCAAAGAGGAAGAGCUAAUCCGCGGUCAAGCACUUCCAACAUCUCUCAUUCCCACUCUCUCAAGAACCGCUGGAGCACUGGGCCAGCCACUCUUAAAUACUACCUGGGCUAGCAGAGGUGAAACACCUUCCGACUAACAAGAUGGGCAAGCCAGCACUGUUGUAACAUGUACUUACUAACGAGCUGCUAACGCGCUACCUCGAAAUAUAAAUGGAAAACCCUAAAUCUGUAACAGGUGACCACAUCUAAACAGCCCAAAUGCGGGACAAGGGAACGAUUUUGUGAGACAUUCACGGAACAGUGGACAGAAUACAUUUUUUGGGGGGCAGGUUAAUGGAUCACGUUCAAAUGGCGACAUAGUUCUGCUGUAUGAAGGUAACUGCCUGUUAAAGGGGCAAUCCUUAGUCGCUACAUACAUUUUUGGACUUCUAAAGUAAUGAUAUGAACCCAUUGAUUCUUAAAUAUACAAAGCAUAAAUGCCUCAUGAGCUUAGUUCAACUGUCGUACCCCAUCAGAACCCAAAUAUACACUUGUUUUGCUCUAAUGUUUGUAACCAAAGUAAAUGUAAACAACCACAGUAUAGCCUAAAAACAUGGUUAAAACUAUCAUUUUGAUAUCAUGGAUGGUCAGUCCUUACAUCCAUAGCAUAGUCUAUGGAUUUGAGUGGUUUCAUUUCUCCAGCCCCAUCCCUCAGCUUUUCACUAAAACUGUGGCAGGGAGUAAUAGUGUAAUAGUGUUAUUAUAUGGUGCAAUCCUCUAGUGAGUGACUUACUUUUGUGCCAAUAAUAUCAAGUUAAAAAAAUAUUAGUAUAGCAAACAAAAAUAAUGAUAUUGAAAGCAAAAUAUAAACCCAAAAGUAUUGAUAGCAAAACAAAAUAUUGCAAGGAAAUCAUUUUGAAAUGCGAAAAAAAAUGAAAACAAUUGUAAAUGAAUGCCCAAAACAUUUUUUCUAUAUAUACAGUGAGGGAAAAAAGGUAUUUGAUCCCCUGCUGAUUUUGUACGUUUGCCGACUGGCAAAGAAAUUAUCAGUCUAUAAUUUUAAUGGUAGGUUUAUUUGAACAGUGAGAGACAGAAUAACAACAACAAAAAUCCAGAAAAACACAUGUCAAAAAUGUUAUAAAUUGAUUUGCAUUUUUUAAUGAGGGAAAUAAGUAUUUGACCCCCUCUCAAUCAGAAAGAUUUCUGGCUCCCAGUUGUCUGUUAUACAGGUAACGAGCUGAGAUUAGGAGCACACUCUUAAAGGGAGUGCUCCUAAUCUCAGCUUGUUACCUGUAUAAAAGACACCUGUCCACAGAAGCAAUCAAUCAAUCAGAUUCCAAACUCUCCACCAUGGCCAAGACCAAAGAGCUCUCCAAGGAUGUCAAGGACAAGAUUGUAGACCUACACAAGGCUGGAAUGGGCUACAAGACCAUCGCCAAGCAGCUUGGUGAGAAGGUGACAACAGUUGGAGCGAUUAUUCGCAAAUGGAAGAAACACAAAAGAACUCUCAAUCUCCCUCAGCCUGGGGCUCCAUGCAAUAUCUCACCUCGUGGAGUUGCAAUGAUCAUGAGAACAGUGAGGAAUCAGCCCAGAACUACACGGGAGGAUCUUGUCAUUGAUCUCAAGGCAGCUGGGACCAUAGUCACCAAGAAAACAAUUGGUAACACACUACGCCGUGAAGGACUGAAAUCCUCAAGAAAGCACAUAUACAGGCCCGUCUGAAGUUUGCCAAUGAACAUCUGAAUGAUUCCGAGGAGAACUGGGUGAAAGUGUUGUGGUCAGAUGAGACCAAAAUCGAGCUCUUUGCCAUCAACUCAACUCGCCGUGUUUAGAGGAGGAGGAAUGCUGCCUAUGACCCCAAGAACACCAUCCCCACCAUCAAACAUGGAGGUGGAAACGUUAUGCUUUGGGGGUGUUUUUCUGCUAAGGGGACAGGACAACAUCACCGCAUCCAAGGGACGAUGGACGGGGCCAUGUACCGUCAUGUCUUGGGUGAGAACCUCCUUCCCUCAGCCAGAGCAUUGAAAAUGGGUCGUGGAUGGGUAUUCCAGCAUGACAAUGACCCAAAACACACGGCCAAGGCAACAAAGGAGUGGCUCAAGAAGAAGCACAUUAAGGUCCUGGAGUGGCCUAGCCAGUCUCCAGACCUUAAUCCCAUAGAAAAUCUGUGGAGGGAGCGGAAGGUUCGAGUUGCCUAACGUCAGCCUCGAAACCUUAAUGACUUGGAGAAGAUCUACAAAGAGGAGUGGGACAAAAUCCCUCCUGAGAUGUGUGCAAACCUGGUGGCCAACUACAAGAAACGUCUGACCUCUGUGAUUGCCAACAAGGGUUUUGCCACCAAGUACUAAGUCAUGUUUUGCAGAGGGGUCAAAUACUUAUUUCCCUCAUUAAAAUGCAAAUCAAUUGAUAACAUUUUUGACAUGCGUUUUUCUGGAUUUUUUUGAUGUUAUUCUGUCUCUCACUAUUCAAAUAAACCUACCAUUAAAAUUAUAGACUGAUCUGUCUUUGUCAGUGGGCAAACGUACAAAAUCAGCAGGGCAUCAAAUACUUUUUUCCCUCACUGUAUAUCUUUUUUAAUGAUAAUGUGAUUAAAUAAAACGCCUCCCUUUGUCCUGAAAUCUUCCCUAUCUUUGGUCAUGUUACGCUGGCCUUUGCUUUCGCUACCUUUUUUCCAGUUGCAAGUUUUAGCACAUGUAUUCCAGCAACAUAGCACCCUGCAUCCCACUGCUGGUUUGCUUCUGAAGAUAAGUAGGGUCGGUCCCUGUAUGGGAGACCAGAUGUAGCUGGAAAUGGUGUAAAAAUUUUACAUGUAAAAAAAUGUACAUGCGGAAACAUGGGGGAAAAAAAUGUCCACAAGGGAAACCACAUGUAAAGAUGUGUACAUGUGACAUUUCACACGUGUCCGAAAACCACGUGUCUGACUUGUGAAAAAUAAAAAUAAUCAUUCUGAUUUGUUCACACACAUUCACGUGUCUGAAAACAUGUGUGGUUUUCCUUUAUUUCUUGGGCUGUCAUUGAAAGCUGGUCAGUCAGCCAGACACUCAUCUAACAGCAAGUGUUAAUCCAGCCCACCACUAAUUGUUUUCGUUAAUAUAGUGUCCCUCAUUAUAACAUUCAGUGCAUUGACUUUUUCCACAUUUUGUUACAUUACACCCUUAUUCUAAAAUGGAUUUCAUAAAUUUCCUCAUCAAUCUACACACAAUACCCCAUAAUGACAAAGCCAAAACAGGUUUUUAGAUUUUUUUGCAAGUGUAUUACAAAUAAAAACAGAAAUACCUUAUUUACAUACGUAUUCAGACCUUUUGCUGUGAGACUCGAAAUUGAGCUCAGGUGCAUCCUGUUUCCAUUGAUCAUCCUUCAGAUGUUUCUACAACUUGAUUGGAGUCCACCUGUGGUGAAUUCAAUUGAUUGGACAUGAUUUGGAAAAGGCACACACCUGUCUAUAUAAAGGUCCCACAGUUGAUCAAAAACCUAGCCAUGAGAUCGAAGGAAUUGACCGUAGAGCUCCGAGACAGGAUUGUGUCGAGGCAGAGAUCUUGCAAGGGUACCAAAAAAUGUCUGCAGCAUUGAAGGUCCACAAGAACACAGUGGCCUCCAUCAUUCUUAAAUGGAAGAAGUUUGGAACCACCAAGACUCUUCCAGCCAAACUGAGCAAUCUGGGGAGGAAGGGCCUUGGUCAGGGAGGUGACCAAGAACCCGAUGGUCACUCUGACAGAGCUCCAGAGUUCCUCUUUGGAGAUGGGAGAACCUUCCAGAAGGACAACCAUCUCUGCAGCACUCCACCAAUCAGGCCUUUAUGGAAGAGUGGCCAGACGGAAGCCACUCCUCAGUAUAAGGCACAUGCCAGCCCGCUUGGAGUUUGCCAAAAGGCAGCUAAAGACUCUCAGACCAUGAGAAACAAAAUUAUCUGGUCUGAUGAAAGCAAGAUUGAACUCUUUGGCCUGAAUGCCAAGCAUCACGUCUGGAGGAAACCUGGCACCAUCCCUACAGUGAAGCAUGGUGGUGGCAGCAUCAUGGUGUGGGGAUGUUUUUCAGCGGCAGGGACUGGGAGACUAGUCAGGAUCUAGGGAAAGAUGAACAGAGCAAAGUACAGAGAGAUCCUUGAUGAAAACCUGCUCCAGAGCACUCAGGACCUCAGACUAGGGCAAAGGUUCACCUUCCAACAGGACAACAACCCUAAGCACACAGUCAAGACAAUGCAGGAGUGGCUUCGGGACAAGUCUCUGAAUGUCCUUGACUGGCCCAGCCAGAGCCCGGACUUGAACCUGAUCUAAUAGCUGUGCAGCGACGCUCCCCAUCCAACCUGACAGAGCUUGAGAGGAUCUGCAGAGAAGAAUGGGAGAAACUCCCAAAUACAGUUGUGCCAAGCUUGUAGCGUCAUACCCAAGAAGACUCGAGGCUGUAUUCGCUGCCAAAAGUGCUUCAACAAAGUACUGAGUAAAGGGUCUGAAUACUUAUGUGAAUGUGAUAUUUAAGUUUAUUUUUUGCUUUGUCAUUAUGGGGUAUUGUGUGUAGAUUGACGAGAGAAAAAAAAACAUUUAAUCCAUUAUAGAAUACGGCUGUAAUGUAACAAAAUGUGGGAAAAGUCAAGGGGUCUGAAUACUUUCCGAAUGCACUGUAUGUGUUUCUGUCAAUAAUUGGAAGGCAGAACAGUGAAUAUGUGGAGAGAGGAGAGAGGAGAGGAGAGGAGAGGAGGAUCAUAAUGGUUUCAUAUUAAGGUAAAAUUUAGAAUCAGUUUCUCUGUGCCAAAAGGUUGCUAUUAGUAUUAAAUGCACUAAUUGAACUUAAUUAUGCAUUCAUGAAAAAUAUAUUUUUUAAACCAGAAAAUGGCUCUUUGAAACGUAUUGAUUCACAUAAUUCUGAAUAAAUUGGGAGAUGUGCCUGAAUCAUUAAAAUCAUCUUCUGAACCUCCACUCUAGGGCUUAAUGAAGAAAUUUAUACGCUGCUCGACUCGAGUGACAGUCGGAACAAUCAAGAAGUUUCUCAGCUUGAAGUUAAAGCUUCCAAGUUCUUAUGAGGUAACCAACUAAGCUUUUGUACGUGCUCUAUACCCUUUCGUAUGUAUCUACUGUAUGACAGAUAUUAAGCCCAUAUAUACUAUUGAAUAUUUGUCCCUUUAUGUCAGCAUUGUGUGGACCUCACAUACAGCAGCUGUCCCUGCAGUCUCUCCUGUGUGUUUAGUGUUGUGGGGGAAAGGGCUGGCCUUGUUAGCAGUCUCUCCUGUGUGUUUAGUGUUGUGGGGGAAAGGGCUGGCCUUGUUAGCAGUCUCUCCUGUGUGUUUAGUGUUGUGGGGAAAGGGCUGGCCUUGUUAGCAGUCUCUCCUGUGUGUUUAGUGUUGUGGGGAAAAGGGCUGGCCUUGUUAGCAGUCUCUCCUGUGUGUUUAGUGUUGUGGGGGAAAGGGCUGGCCUUGUUAGCAGUCUCUCCUGUGUGUUUAGUGUUGUGGGGGAAAGGGCUGGCCUUGUUAGCAGUCUCUCCUGUGUGUUUAGUGUUGUGGGGGAAAGGGCUGGCCUUGUUAGCAGUCUCUCCUGUGUGUUUAGUGUUGUGGGGGAAAGGGCUGGCCUUGUUAGCAGUCUCUCCUGUGUGUUUAGUGUUGUGGGGGAAAGGGCUGGCCUUGUUAGCAGUCUCUCCUGUGUGUUUAGUGUUGUGGGGGAAAGGGCUGGCCUUGUUAGCAGUCUCUCCUGUGUGUUUAGUGUUGUGGGGGAAAGGGCUGGCCUUGUUAGCAGUCUCUCCUGUGUGUUUAGUGUUGUGGGGGAAAGGGCUGGCCUUGUUAGCAGUCUCUCCUGUGUGUUUAGUGUUGUGGGGGAAAGGGCUGGCCUUGUUAGCAGUCUCUCCUGUGUGUUUAGUGUUGUGGGGGAAAGGGCUGGCCUUGUUAGCAGUCUCUCCUGGUGUGUUUAGUGUUGUGGGGGAAAGGGCUGGCCUUGUUAGCAGUCUCUCCUGUGUGUUUAGUGUUGUGGGGGAAAGGGCUGGCCUUGUUAGCAGUCUCUCCUGUGUGUUUAGUGUUGUGGGGGAAAGGGCUGGCCUUGUUAGCAGUCUCUCCUGUGUGUUUAGUGUUGUGGGGGAAAGGGCUGGCCUUGUUAGCAGUCUCUCCUGUGUGUUUAGUGUUGUGGGGGAAAGGGCUGGCCUUGUUAGCAGUCUCUCCUGUGUGUUUAGUGUUGUGGGGGAAAGGGCUGGCCUUGUUAGCAGUCUCUCCUGUGUGUUUAGUGUUGUGGGGGAAAGGGCUGGCCUUGUUAGCAGUCUCUCCUGUGUGUUUAGUGUUGUGGGGGAAAGGGCUGGCCUUGUUAGCAGUCUCUCCUGUGUGUUUAGUGUUGUGGGGGAAAGGGCUGGCCUUGUUAGCAGUCUCUCCUGUGUGUUUAGUGUUGUGGGGGAAAGGGCUGGCCUUGUUAGCAGUCUCUCCUGUGUGUUUAGUGUUGUGGGGGAAAGGGCUGGCCUUGUUAGCAGUCUCUCCUGUGUGUUUAGUGUUGUGGGGGGAAAGGGCUGGCCUUGUUAGCAGUCUCUCCUGUGUGUUUAGUGUUGUGGGGGAAAGGGCUGGCCUUGUUAGCAGUCUCUCCUGUGUGUUUAGUGUUGUGGGGGAAAGGGCUGGCCUUGUUAGCAGGCCCCCUGCUGCACCGAGGCUGUACUUACUCUCGCUGCACUCUUAGAAAAAAACUGCUAUCUAAAACCUAAAAGGGUUCUUCUUCUUUGAAUAACCCUUUUUGGUUCCAGGUAGAACAUUUUUGGUUUCAGGUAGAACUCUUUUGAGUUCCAUGUAGAACCCUUUCCGCAGAGGGUUCUACAUGGAACCCAAAAGAGUUCUACCUGGAACCAAAAAUGGUUCUCCUUUGGGGACAGUGGAAGAACCCUUUUGGAACCUUUUUUUCUAAGAGUGUGGGACUCCAGAGCACUAAGAUAUUAGAGAUGCAAUACACACAGGAACACAUUCACUAACUAUUUAGAAGUAGUGAAUGUACCAUUGAUAGAUUUCCCUUCCAGCAUGUAUAAACAUUUCUAGGCAUUUAAAAGCAUUCAUACACAUUUCUAAUGGAUUAUUAAUAAAAGCUAUGAUAAAAUGUUUCCCAGCUUUCUCUAUGUACAAUGUCUGCCACAUUCUCUCCAUUAAGAGAUAUGUGAGUCCUUGUCCUUUUGUCUGACCGGUAUGAGAAAGGGAGAUAUGUCGAACUCUAGUCUUCUUCUCUAGCAGCCUGUACUCUGACUGUCGUCCCAUAGUAGUCUACCUCUUAGUCACCAGCCUCUGUGUCCCCUCCCUCACAGCUAGACGUCCUAUGCAACGGGGAGAUCAUGGGAAAAGACCACACCAUGGAGUUCAUCUACAUGACGCGAUGGAGACUUCGCGGUGAAACCGUAAGUAAGCCCCCAAUGACGUCAAUGCCCCCCCCCCUCCUGUUCCCCUCAUUUAGAAAGAUGCUAAGCUCCGUACCUUUCUCGCCAGGGGAUAAGCUGGGGGCGCUGAAUGACGGUGCUGGAGUCUUAAUAGUCUCCAUGACAGUCACUGCUUGCUUGGCUUUAAGCCGGUUAGCCGAUUAGCCGGUUAGCCGGUUAGCCGGUUAGCCGUCUGAAAUACCACCGUCACUCUACCGUGUCAACCGGUACAGCAAACAGGAAGUAGCAGUGACACGGUUACUAGAGCUUAUUACAGGACAGCUGUAAGAUGAGUCUGGCACUAUAGGUUCGCAUCAAAGCAUGUCUGGAUACGUUGUCCGAGAAAGAAUAAAAGCUGUGAAGUAGUAUGGUGAAUUAAGUUGUUGGUUCACAGUGUGUAUGUAAUGGUACUAUACACUAUUGGAGACAUUUGCAAAGCUAGUUUGGUAUUGAUAGGUCAUGGCAAAACACAGUUGAGAUAUGGCUGCUUCUCUUCCUCAAUGAAUCCAAAAUGAACCCACUUUCUUCUUGGUCACCUCACAAAAGAUAGGCCUAUGUUGUGGUCGCUACGUCUUGACCUGAACUUCAGUCAACCAUGCGUAAACUUAACCAAGCGCCCCAAGUCCUCUGCAAAGUGUGCUAGGUUAACUAACUAACACACUUCAGCUUGACCUCAUAAGCAUUUCUGCUAGCCGGGCGCCUUGGCUGCUCAUUCCAUUGCUGAUGAUUGUCACUUUUAGAUGGGCUGGUCUGGGCUCCGGCAGCACGGGGUCAGGUCAUGAAUCGCUGUAUUGGUCCAGGGAGAUAGGUGAGGAAAGCAGUGAAGGCCCCUGA